AUAUUGCAAAUCAGGCUAAAGUUUCCAAUUCUGUGUUGAUAAAAUCAUCAAAAUAGCCAAAAUAGGGAAAAUAGUGAUAAUGAAUAUCCUUGAUCUACCAGACACUGUUCUGAUGGAUAUAUUGGAGAUGCUUUCGUAUGAUGAAGUGGCCAGAAAGCGAGAAGUGUGUGGUCGUUUCAAUUACAUAUGUCAACAGGUGCUGAAUACGGGCUUUAACAAGGUCGUUCAGGAGCACUCCAAGAAUUUUAAACGCAUUAAAGCCAUGCUGCCACGUCGAGAAUCAGAGCGACGGAAUCACAUUUUGGCACGACACUCUGACAUAUUGACAUCCAUUGAGACACGCAUUUCAAUGCUAACUAUGACCUACUCCAAGUUCAUAGACUUAAGCAUAUGCUGUUUUAUCCCAGGCAGAGUGCUCGACGAGAUUAACAGCAUCCUAAAGUUGUUGGUCAGUACAACAAAACCGUUGCGGCCACACGAAGUGCUGCAAGAGCUUCGAGACAUCUCUUCCAUGGCUAUUGAGCAUUUUGACGAAAAGAUUGCCGUCAACUUUAAGUCAUCAAUUAAGCUAGGCGAGGCUGGUCCAUCAACGGGACGUGUAGUUGUUUGCGGCGCCCUAGGCGACAUAAGUUUUAGCGGUGUCAAUCUAAAGCGUGUAAGGAUGCACAAAGUGAAGGAUGCAACUGAGUUGCCAUGUGUGCACUCCAAUAGUUCCAAGGUAGACGCCAUGGUGCAGCAGGCAAUUCUCUUGGCCAACGCAAUGCCACCACGUGGGUCCACCACCCCAGUCACAGGUAUUGAUCCUCACCGUUUAGUUAGACAGCUACAGAGGACUGCUGCGGAACAGCGAAAACUCGCCACUAAGGUGCGUAAUUUGGAGUGGUCGCGCAAAGCGCAAGAGCGUCGAUUACAGGAAGCGCUGGGUGGCAUCACAGAGCUAUGCACACAGGUAUCGGAGUUAAAGCGCCAGCUGGAGGAUGUGGUGGGCAAGGCUACAUCUUCAAGUUCUGGCGUAAAACGUUCAACGGUGUCCAGCGAUUGUAUGCCGCCCAACAAGAAGCCAAAAAAUUAGAUGCACACCACUGAUUGCGGAUCUAUUUAGUACGAUACUUAGCCUAAACUCUGUACUUACGGAUUUCAAUAGCGAUUAAGUUGUAGGGACUUGUGUCCAGCUUACUGCCUAAACUAAAAUAAAUGGAUAGAAUUAAAUACCAUAUACUUAUAUACACAAGUGUGUGUAUAGCUCAUUAUGAAUAAUUAGUGCAGCAUUAAAUAUGUGAAGUUAAGAUUUAUUGUUGCACUUGUUAAUUAAAUAUUGUAUUAUAACUAUAACUACAUAAAUAUACAUACAUUGGAACAACGCAAAAUGUUAAAUCUUUUAUUUAUUUCAAACUGGAACUGAAACGGGCCUUAUAAAGUUGCUCAAGUCUAAAAGAAGCGUAGGAAGUUUUUUAAUUUUCUGUAGUUUUUAGUCACAAUUCUUAACUGCUUCUCUCUCUAUAUAUUUGCAUCCAUACAACUAUUAUUAUUAUCAUUAGUUAUUAUUGUAGGUUCUGUAUAAAAAGUAUAGUAGAAAUUGCCACACGCUUUUUGUUUAGUAUAAAUCUUUGUUUCUUUCCUUUUUCAACUGAGGCGACUCGUAAUCAAUGCCUAAGCUAAACUAAAUGCUAAAUACACUUAUCUAUAUAUAUAUU